GCUAUAUCUAGGGAUAUCCUGACGUGGACCAAUGAGAAGCCGCGACGCCGAGUUUCUGGAUAUCCAUCCAUGUCGUACAUCUCAUGAGCUUUAACUCCGGCGUCGAUGCAACGCGUGUCUUCCAUUCGUCUGCUCCUAACCUAGUUCAAAUUGUAGCGGCGAAGAUAGAAAACGAAUUGAAAUGCAAAACCAAUUGGAAACUACGGAGGAAGAGGAGUGCGUUUUGAGACCGAUGAACUGUGAAUUAAAUCAGCUGAGCAGACCGGAUGGUUCGGCAAUGUUUAUGCAAGGUGACACCGUCGUUGUUGCCGGAGUUUAUGGACCAAUUGAAGCGAAGCUACAAAAGAUGAUGCACGACAGAGCGACCGUUGAAACAAUGUUUAGUCCUGCAAAAGGACCACCGUGUGUCGACGACAGAGCGAAAGAAACUGUCAUCAGGGAAACGUGCGAGGCUGUACUGCUGACUGCGUUGCACCCUGGCAUGGCAAUAAGCAUAAAUGUACAAGAACUGCAGGAUUCUGGAGGAUUACUCGCCUGUGCCAUUAAUGCUGCUUGCCUGGCGCUCAUAAUCUCCAGUAUUUCUAUGAAAUUCACUGUCGCUGCUGUAUCCUGCAUGAUUGACCGCGAGUCCGGCAAACUGAUUGUAGAUCCUGAUAGCACGCAAAUACAGCAGGCACGGGUCACGUUCACGUAUGUUUUCGAGGGUAUAAAAAAGGACUUGGUGUCUUGCCACACAACUGGUCGAUUCUCGGAGAACGAGCUGAUGGAAUCUCUAGAAAAGUGUCGAGCAGCAAGCCAGAACAUCUUCGAUUUUUAUAGAAACAUAGUUGAACAAUACGCGAUCAAAUUAUGAGCAUAUUUGCAUGCGAUAAAUUUAUCGACGUCGAAUUCGCACCCGUAAAUUGCUGAAAAGUCCAAUGAUUGAAUUCUAUAAUUAGCAUUUUACGUAUAUUUCCGAGCAGUGGGAGAUCGAUUGUAUGUAUAUAAAAAUAAUUAGGCGGUGGUAUACUCGAUCCGUUUCGAGCUGAGGAAUUUAAUAACACCGGUUAAAACGGCCUCCGCGGUGCAGGUGAUUCGGUACAGCGAAAUAGCGAUCGUAACUUUGAUUCCAUUAAAUACAAUAAGGCUACCAGGAAUACUCACUGAACUACGUUUAGCCGCGAGGUUUCCCCCCGGGGGCCCGAAGCUGCGGCGCAGUCUUGCUGACCAUUAACAAGAAGCGAAGCAAUUUAUGGUACGGUUCGCUCAUUCCCACUUUAUUAUUUCUCGUCGUAGCUGAGUAGAUGUUUCUCUGCUGCAGUCGCCGGUUUCGUUUUGCUUACCGAACAGCCAGAUACAGCGUCAGCUUACAGACAUCCUGGCAAGAUGCUUCGCAUCGAAAUUCUGCAAACCUUUCUCAUCUUGAGGCUUCCUCAUUAACGUGAUUUGAAUGUGUAUAUAUAUAUAUAUAUAU